AUGGCUGGAGGCUUAUCUUUGGAUCAUCCUUGGGCAUUUGCCUUUGGCAUCUUAGGCAAUGCCGUCUCUUUCAUGGUUUACCUCGCUCCACUGCCAACAUUUUAUCGAAUUUAUCGAAAGAAAUCAACGGAAGGGUUCAAAUCUGAGCCUUAUGUGGUGGCUCUGUUCAGUGCAAUGCUUUGGAUAUUUUAUGCUUUAAUCAAAAAAGAUGCUUAUCUCCUAAUUACCAUCAACUCCUUUGGCUGUGUCAUUGAAACCAUUUACACCCUCAUGUUUCUCCUUUAUGCCUCUAAGAAAGCUCGGGUACACACAUUCAAGAUGAUCAUGUUGUUGAACGUAGGGUUAUCAUCUCUGAUAGUUCUAUGCAUUCUUCUCCUGAUCUCUAAUGGCUCACUUCGCCUUCAAGUGCUUGGAUGGAUCUGCGUAGCUUUCUCAGUCAUCGUCUUUGUUGCUCCAUUAAGCAUAAUUAGGCAGGUUAUACGUACCAAAAGUGUGGAGUUCAUGCCAUUCAAUCUCUCAUUCUUCCUCACAUUAAGCGCAGUGGUUUGGUUCUCCUUUGGCCUCUGCUCCAGAGACAUCUACGUUGCACUUCCAAAUAUAUUAGGAUUCGCAUUUGGUGCGGUUCAAAUGUUGCUUUACAUUAUCUACAAGGACACAAAGGUUCCAAAGAGCUUGGAAACUGAAGGGAAGCUCAGUUCGGUAGAGAUUAUUGUCGCCAAUGAUACAGAAGUUAAGAAAACGAGUAAAGAUGAGAUAGAAAGGGCGAGAGAGGAAGACAAAGCUAAUAAUAUGGGCGUUGAGAAGAGUCGAGUUUGA